CUGCACCACGACCACUGAAAGAUGGGUGAUUGACCACUGCGCUCGCUGAUUUGACUCUCCCGUACCGCCCCGGGUCGGCAUCGGGAGCUGAUUACCUGGAGCUGAUUACUAGGAGCUGACAAGAAAACCUCCAAUCCCAACUCCGGCGACCGGAACCGCGUUCGCGCGCGCUCGAGUGGGUUCUCAGGCCGUGCUACUCUGUCAAAGAGUUAUCAGAUGGCGUUAGCUGCCAAUUGCCGCAUCAGAUUCCCCCCCAAAGCGCCCGAAGCCCCCGACGAGCCCCAGCUGGCCGGGCCAACCGAGCAAAACCACCUGGUGCGCCGACCCGAGCAACUGCGUCGGUCCUCCGUUAACGGGCGCAGCCAGGACCAGGCCAGGACCAGGACGAACGAGGCGAGGCAAAUCGUCAACCAAAGGCUCUCUCUCCAUCUUCCUCCCUCUCCCUCUCCCUCUCUCCGGCGGGCCUCACACCACCUACCGCCCUCGCUCUCGACAUCGCCGACGCUGUCAACCCUCCUGUCCCCCUCCUGGACGGCGCCCUUUUCCCUCACACGCCCCCCCCUGCGCCCACCACCCGGCCGGCCUUAUGAGCUCCCAGGCCGGGCGUCUCAUGGGCGUGGACGUGUGCCUGUCUGGAGUGACGUCGGAGUCGGCCAAAGCGACGGCCGCCACGCCAGCUUCAGCUCCUAGACGCGCGCACGUCCACGCCCAUGCCGCCCACACCUCGCGCAGCUUGUCGUGGGGACAUGUCUCGCGACACGGGCGAGGCCAGAUGCUUCUCCUGAGGACACAUCAACCAAACCUUGCUUGCCUACGCGUCCUUCGGACUGCAUCUGCCGUCGUCGCUCUUUCCAGUUGCGCUUAUCUUGCCCGCGCCUCCCAGUCUCCGUCGACUUUCUCCUCCUUCUCCUCCUCAUCUUCAUCCUCCUCCUCCCCGUCCACAUCCUCUCGCGCACAUCCUAAUCUUCCCCCUCUCGCCACACUUCGCAGCAAACUUCGCUCACUACCCGCCCUCAUGGCCGUGUCGACAACGCAGAGCCGAGC